AUGCGAAGGGAUGUCCGCAUACUACUGGUGGGAGACGAGGGUGUGGGGAAGAGCACGAUCGUCACCUCUCUAAUCAAAGAAUCUUUCGUCGCACACGUUCAACAUAUCGUUCCGGAAGUCACAAUCCCACCAGAAGUUACUCCGGAAAAUGUCACAACCUAUAUCGUCGACUCUGGAGCUGGCCCGCAGGACCGUCCCCACCUGGAAUCCGAAAUCCGGAAAGCUCAUGUCAUCUGCGUGGUCUAUUCCAUCGACAACCCAGGCUCGUUCGAUCGGAUACCUACAUAUUGGCUACCACACUUCCGCCAAUUAGGUGUAAAUGUUCCCGUGAUUCUUGUGGGCAACAAGAUCGACCUCCGCGGCGGGGAGGUAACCAACGAGGCUUUGGAGGAUGAAAUUGUGCCUAUCAUGAACGAGUUCAAGGAAGUCGAAACAUGCGUAGAAUGCUCAGCCAGACUCCCAUUGAACGUGUCGGAGGUGUUUUACUUUGCACAGAAGGCGGUUCUGCACCCAACGGCGCCACUAUACGAUUCUCGUGAUCAUGUGUUGAAGUCCGCGUGUAUCGCUGCCCUACGGAGAAUAUUUAAACUAUGUGACGCUAAUAAAGACGGCAUUCUAGAUGCCUCAGAAUUGAACGAAUUUCAAAGAAAGUGCUUCGAUGCACCACUUCAACUGCAAGAGCUAGAAGGCAUCAAAGACAUGGUGCAAGAACACGCUGAGGGUGGUGUCCGGGAUGAUGGCCUAACGGAGGCUGGAUUCUUAUAUCUGCACACUAUUUUCAUUCAGCGUGGAAGAUUGGAAACAACAUGGACGGUGCUGAGAAAAUUCGGCUAUGCAGAAGACCUGAGACUAACAGAAUCAUUCUUGCUGCCAAAAUUCGACGUCCCGCCAGAUUGCUCCGUCGAGUUGAGUCCAUUAGGAUAUCAGUUCUUCACCGACAUAUUUGAAAUCUUUGACAAGGACCAGGAUGGAGCUUUGAAGACGUCGGAGCUUGAAGAACUGUUUAGUACAUCUCCUGGCAAUCCGUGGGCAGCGCAGAAGUUUCCUGACACGACCCUGUCAGACGACACUGGGGCUGUUACCCUCCAAGGUUGGCUGGCGCAAUGGAGUAUGACCACGUUGCUCGAUCAUAAGACAACUCUGGCCUAUCUUGCGUACCUCGGGUACCCAGAUGAGCCAAGGACGUCGGCGCUACAAGUGACGCGCGCACGCAAAAUUGACCGGCGGAAAGGCAAAGUGACACGAAACGUGUUCUUGUGUUAUGUAUGCGGCGCUGCUGGAUCAGGGAAGACGUCUUUACUUCGGGCAUUUGCCGGCAAGCCUUUCAAUGCGUCGUAUGAGCCUACGAACAAGAUGAUCAGUGUGGUUAACGCGGUGGACAUCGACGGGUCGGAAAAGUACCUUGUUCUGCAGGAGUUUGGAUCACGUUAUGAGGCAGAGACGCUACGGAACCCCAAAAAGACGGAUAUUGCGGAUGUCAUCGUCUACGUGCAUGAUUCCAGCGACACCAACUCGUUCUCUUACAUCAGUAACUUAAGACAACAAUACAGCCUAGACCACAUCCCUACACUAUUUGUCGCCACAAAAUCCGACCUUGAUCUGGCUUUACAGAGACACGAGGUGCAACCAGACGUUUACUGCCGACGACUUGGCCUGCAGGUGCCUGUCGCUGUCAGUGUGAAGACAGGGCAGACGGCGGACGUCUUCCACGCGAUAUGCAGCAUUGCGAUGAAGCCUUUGUCGGCGAUUCCGGGUGGACACGAUAGGGCGAUGACGGCGGCGAGGAGGCUGAGGAUGUAUUUCACGGUGACGGCGAUCGUGAGCGGAUGUGCGGCGGGGCUGGCGAUUCUGGUGCGGACGUUACUACGACCUGGGGGUGCAGGGCUACCUGCGUGGACGACGCCAUGGGCGACAUGGCUAAUUGGAUCGAAGAAGUAG